AUGAAAAGAAAUUCAUCGCGCAAACAGUGUGAGCUUAAAUUUUCAUGUUUGAAGCUGUAGAAGCCUAAUAGUCCAUUAUUACGAGGGUGAAGCCCUAAAACCUUGAAAAAUUGUUCAUUUUCGGGAAUGCAAACCGGACGCAUCACGGACGUUUCUGAGCUUUACAAGUAGUCCCUUAAGAGUGCUGACACCACUAAAGUGGUCCCUAGAAACGCUUAGAAACGUCUGGUUUCGGUUACCAAGGUCCAAGCGUUUUUUGUUCGGUAGAGCGCAUUUGUAGGAGAACACUGAAUAAAAUUAUUGUUUUUCAGACGUCCCAACGAUACCAGACUAUAGCGUGGAGGAGGACCGCCAUGGACGUCUGGUAAAUUUUAAAUAUAGUCCUUCCGCCGCGACUAGAAAGUUUUCGCUUGUCUGCGUCUCUCUGUUCCCUCACCGGCGAGGUCAGAGAAACAUUGCAAUAGCACGCAAACAUGAGAGAGACGUCGAGAGAUAAGGAGGGCGCAGAGAAGUCCCGCCUUAUCCUGAUGUCAUAUUUUUUAUGAGCUGAUACGGCUUUAUUGUAGAUAAAAUAACUUAUAAUAGUUUUUAGAUAACAUUUUUUAGGUGAACAAGGAAAAGCGGCUCAUUUGGCCGAGUAAAGAACCUGUCUCGCCGGAAAGUUUCCGCGAAUUUAUGUCAGACCCAAAAGCCACGCCGCCGGCUUCAACCAAACCAGUGAGAAAAACUUUUUCGAAAAUUUGAGGGUGGCCGAAUAGGGUUUUUUUUCGAAAUAGCUACGUUUAAUCAGGAAAUUAUUCUAACUGUGAGCUGUGAAAAAACUCCAAGCUUCACCAUUUUUCUAUAAAAAAGGACAAGGAAAGAUAGAUUCGAAACGUAUUUUCCGAACAGAAAUAUGAUCCACCAUCCAUGCCAAGAAAGGAUCUCCCUUUCAGAAAUAUUCUGUUCAGAUUUUGAACUUCUAGUCGCGCCAAGCUCGCGCGAUGAGCCAAUCAGAGAGCGAGCCAUCCACAGAGCGUUUUCAAAUGACGUCAUUCUGCUUGAAAUUCAAAAUCUGAACAGAUUAUAUACUCCGUGUUUCUCUGCGCCCUCCUCGUCUCUCGACGACCUUCCCAUUUUACCGUGCUAUUUUUAAAUUUCUCUGACCUCGCCGGUUAGGGAAAAUAGAGACGCAGACACCCGAAAAGUGUCAGGACACGGCGAAGGAACUAUAGACCACUUUUGAAUAAAUCGGAAAAAUCAACGCUCAUUUCCAACCGGUAUAACUUGAAAUGGAAUUCAAGGCAAGCCGUCGAGGCCGAUCCGAAUCCACAACCGCCAGUUCGGUCGACAGUUCUACCGUGUACGAAUCGAUGGCCUCGAGCAAAAGCUCACGAAAAACUCCGGCAUUGGAAUACGUAUCUCAUCCCUUCUGUUUCACCCAAUCAAUUCUUGCUUAAGGAGAAGAUCGCGAGCUCGAAAAAUGUCAGCUACGUGGAGGUAAAUUAUUUUUUCCUCUCGAAAAGUUUUUUCCCAACCAAAAAGUAGAAUGGCCUCUCUUGUUAGGAACACUUCUCUUUGCACAAAAAUCUAGCUUCCCAUUCUAAAAAAAAAUUUCAGCGACCAGUGAAGCAAAGCGGAUCAACGGAGAGUAACGCCUUCAUCGGCGGCGCCACUUCGGCAGAAGCCGAAGGCAGGAUCGGCUCCCGCAGCUUCAUCCUCUACUACAGACUCCCGGACACUGGCAAACUGCAGCUUCAUCUGCCGCUCAUGCUUGUUUACAGGUAAUUCCUCCCUAAUUAUAUCUCGAUUCUGCCUCAGGUAAAAAUUAUAACUUUUUUUUUUUGAAUCUAGUGGUCCCUAGAGCAGUUAGGGAAAAAUCAGCUCCUAUAGAGGGUAAAGUGCUCCCUAGAGGGGUAAAGUUCAAGCGGUCUCUCUAGAGAUUAGGAAUCUGAGUCCCUGAAGCUUGAGUAUUAAGCUUGAGCCUUUAGGGGUCCCUAUAGUGGUUCCUUGAUUUUUUGUUGAAUUUUGAUGAUUCGAAAACAUACCAAAAAUGAAUGGAUUUAUGGAUUUUUUGUAAAAUUUAUUUUUUUUAAGAAAUAACAAUAAAACCUUUAUGAGAAACAUUGAAGACAGAAGAUCAAAUUCAAGGCUUGAAAAAUCUCAAAAAGUCCUUUUUUGAGGGUCACAAGUUGGAUCUGAUUCAGAUUAUGUUGAUUUUGAACUCAUGGCUUUCUAAAAUACCCUUUACUUUUUUAUUAUAUUCGUCAGGAGCUCGACCAACGAACACUACCACUUCAUGGUGAGCCGUCGGAAUCUGUAUCUGAAGAACGGCGAACAGCAGAAGACCUUCUGGCGGGUCGAAUGCGGCGACGUCAACAGCCGCGAGGUUUCCCACUUCCAUUGCUUAAGGGACCACUUCCGUUGCAGUUUCUGACGAUCGAGGCCUUGAUCCGUCAUUACGAGACGUUCGUCUAUCACGACGCCAAGACGGGAAACAUGGAGACGUUCCCCGUCGGAAGGAACAUCAUCUUCGACGUCUUCCAGUAG